UAGUUGCCUACUGGUGAAGUGCAUUCAGGUGACACACACGUGAUGUUUCAUGCUGACCAACUCCACUUACUUGUUACUCAUGAAACUCAAUUGGCAAUAUAUGAUGCAUUCAAGAUGGAACGCAUAAGUCAGUGGAUUCCACAUGGUUCCCUUUCCUCACCCAUUUCUUCUGCCACAUACUCCAACAAUAGCCUACUAGUUUAUGCAUCCUUUAAUGAUGGAAAUAUUGGAGUGCUUGAUGCACAUAGCUUAAGACUGCGAUGCCGUAUUGCUCCAUCUGCUUAUUUAUCUCAAGCUGUAUCAGAUCGAAGCCGAGGUAUAUAUCCAGUUGCAAUUGUAGCACAUCCACAGAAAACCAAUCAAUUUGCAAUUGGAUUAACAAACGGGGAUGUCAAAGUCAUAGAACCACGGGAAUUUGAAAGGAAGUGGGGAGUAUCUCCGACUAUCGGUAAUGAACAUAGUGAUGAUGAAAAGACUCCAAUAACGGAAGACAGUGAUGAAGAGGCUUCAAUGAUUGAAGAUAGUGAUGAAGAGACUCGAAUGAUUGAAGAUAAUAGUGAAGAAGCUCCAGCAACAUCACAACAAGAAUUAGGUCAAAACAGAACCAAACCUGGGCAGUUAACUGAAAUUGUAGAUCCAAUUCAAUGUAGAAUGGUUUCCAUGCCAGAGUGCUUUGAUGCAAAGGUUAAGGUUGUUCGAAUUCUUUACACAAAGUCUGGUGUUGACAUCUUGGCACUUAGCUCAGAUGGUAUUCAUAAACUAUGGAAAUGGUUCUACCACAACCAAAAUCCAAGCAGAAAGGCCACUGCCAAUUCUGUUCCACAACUUUGGCAAACAUACAGUGGUCUUCAUGUGUCAGGUGUUGACUUCAAAGAAAUAGUUCCUUGCAUAGCACUCCCAAAUAGUGGCUCAUUUGUUGCGUUAGCUGUUGGUGGAAAAGUUUCAUUAUUUGACAUAGAAACAUUUGAGGAAAAGGUAACAUUCAUGUGCCAAUCUGCAUCAACUUUCUUAGCUUUCCAUCCUCGUCAUAAAAACAUUCUUGCAAUUGGUAUGGAGGAUUCAACCAUAAAUGUAUACAAUGUUUGGGAUAAAGAGGUUAUGGUCAAUCUUAAAGGUCUUCAGAAACGUAUCACCAGUCUAGCAUUCUCUACCAAUCUUGAAAUGCUGGUUUCAUCGGGUGCUGAUGCCCAACUUUGUAGUUGGAACACUCGCAUAUGGGAAAAGAGAAGAUCAGUUCGGAUCCAGUUACCUACGGGUGAAGUGUCUUCAGGUGACACACAUGUGAUGUUCCAUGCUGACCAAUUCCACUUACUAGUUACACAUGAAACACAAUUGGCAGUAUACGAUGCAUCCAAGAUGGAAUGCAUAAGUCAGUGGAUUCCACUCGGUUACCUUUGUGCACCAAUUUCUUCAGCUACAUACUCCUGCAAUAACCAACUAGUUUAUGCAUCUUUUAAAGAUGGGAAUAUUGGAGUGCUUGAUGCCAAUAAGCCCAAUAGCCUAAGACUAAGAUGCCGUAUUGCUCCAUCUGCUUAUUUAUCUCAGACAGUAUUAAAUAGCGAGGGUGUGUAUGCAGUUGUAAUUGCAGCACAUCCCCAGGAACCCAACCAACUUGCAAUUGGAUUAACUGAUGGGUCAGUUAAAGUCAUUGAACCAUUGGAAUCCGAAGGAGAGUGGGGAAUAUCUCCACCGGUUGACACUGAAAUUCUAAAUGAAGAUGAAGACGAAGAUACAGGGGAAGAGGAAGAUAGCGGAUUAGGACAUAUAGAAGAUGGUGAUGGAGAUGAUGCAAUGACAGAAGACAGUAAUGCAGGUAUUGGGAAAGUAGAACAUAGAGAACCAAAUCUUGCCGAAGAUUGUGAAGCUAAAGAGAGAUCUAUGCUCACUCAACUUGAGCGAGGUACUGGGGAAGCAGAACAAAGUGAACCAAAUCCUGCUAAUGAAGAUUGUGAAGCUAAAGUUCAUUCAAAUAAAUGUGCACUCAUACAGUGUUUUUGGAAAUGUUGCUGAUGAGUGGUUUUACUGGGCAUUCGGAGACAUAGGUAAUGCUAGUGUCUUUUGAGGCGUGUUUGGAGUACUAUGGCGCGCUGUAUUUUUGCUAUGGAAUUUGCAGGGUGUUUUUUUCCCUCAAGUGUGGUUGAAAUUGCAGUUGGUAUAGUUGUGUGCUAAUAUCAAUGUUUUUGAAGUGUGUUGGUAGUAUUUUUGCAGUGGAUCUUGUAGCAUGUGUGAUAUCUUCCACCAUUUCUUUUAAUUCAAAGGUUUCUAGCGUGCUUGGCGCGGUGUGAUUUUGUUCUUAUUAAUGUUUUCGUUUUGAGUUUAAGAAAAAGGAGUGGUAAGUAGCUCAUGUAAUCCUUGAAUUUUGGCUUUGUAUUCACAUGAUUAUUUGUUGAUGAUUUAUAUUCGAUUUUAAGGGACUGAUUUGUGUGU